AUGAAUCUACCGAGCGAGCUACUCCUUCACAUUGCGGGAUAUCUCUCCGAUGACCUUGAAGCUCUGCUCAACCUCGCCCUCCUCUCCCGGCGACUAUCCGCCAUCGCCCGACACGAGCUAUUCAAAGUGAUGGACAUCCGCGCUCUUGAAGAGGACUACAUGGAAGAGUACCUGCACCUCGUCCGCGAGCUCCGCGCGGUGCCCCCUUUCGACCACUAUGCGGACUUUCUUGGUGCCCACGCCCUCCACAAACUCACCCCUCGCAACCUCCCUAGGCUCCGUGCGUUCAGCAUCGCCGAGCUCAACCUCGUACGGACGAGCUGGGUCUGCCAAAAGGACCUCAGCGUGCUGGGCUCGAUCUCUUCCAUCACCACGCUCUCCCUCUCGCGCGUCGAGUUCUUCCAGCCGCUCGACAUGCUCGCCGUGAUCUGCUACCUCCCGCACAUCACUGCGCUCUCUCUUGACCGCGUCACGAUCCGCGGAGUGGACACCCCCGACCUGACCGCGGUCGUCACCAACCCGGCGCCCGCGGCCACCUUCGAAGACGCGGUCGAGCGUGCGAAGACGCGCCCGCAGCUCGCGCGGCUCGCGCUCGACAUGAAUCUCAUGGCCAUGCACGUCGCGCGGUGGCUGGCCGAUGAACCCAGCGCCCUCACCACGCUCUCUGUCGACCCGACGGCCUCCGACGCCCAGUUCAUGCUACCACACUUCGGACCGACCGUCGUACACCUCGCCGUGCCCCUUCGCUCGACCGGUCCCCUCGCGCCCGCCGAGUGGACGACACCCCUGCGUCAGUACACCGCGUUGCGCACACUAACGCUCUACAUCGACGCGUACCAGUGCUUCGCGUCCGCACCCACGUGCCAGUGGACGCGGCUCCUGCGCGUCCUGCAGCAGGGCGUGCCGCCCACGGCACGCGCGCAGCUCGACACGCUCACGCUCAGUGUGCACCUCGAAGAUCCCGACCUGCACCUGCUCGACGACGCAGUGUGCUGGUGGGCGCUCGACCCGCUGGACGACGUGCUUGCGGGGCCCGCGGGCGGGUAUACGGGUCUGAAGACGGUGGAGGUCGCGGUGGAGUGGACGAUGCCGGGGAGGAGGCGGAUGAGCCUGGAUUUGAGGGACGCGGCGGAGGCGGUUAUGAAGAAGAUCAGGAAAAGGAUGGGGAAGCUGGAGGGCGCGGGGAAGUUGGUUGUGAGGUAUGGGGUGUUGCGCGAGCUGAGCGAUUCCCUCAUCUGAGAUGAAGGGACUGCGCCUCACGCGUGCUUAUUUUCGAUUUUUGUAUGUGUUAUGCGGGCCGAAUGCUGGCAGUCACUCCGGGAGGUGUAAGUUGUAAUACCAUGUAGAA